AUGGAUUUUGGUUAUGAGAGCAACCACUUCUCUAAUGCUAUUGAGCUAGAAGAUACCAAAGAUGAAAGUCACACCCAUGAUGUGGAGAAUUUACAUUUCAACGGUGAUAAUGCUAACUGUUUUUCGGUAGAACCGCACUCAAACAUCAACUUCAAUUCUGCGGAAUGGGAAUACUUGCAAAUUGCCCAGCAGUCUCUUCAACACCAAACAUCUCAUAACAGUGGACUUGAAAUUUCAUUUUCAAUAUCAAACCAUACUUUGCAACUGUUGAGGCCGACUUUUUCAACUGAAUAUGACACUGAUAACACGGAUCUUCUUGGUAUGUUUGAUAGCCAGAACCCCAGCAACUUAAACCUUCCAACAAACCAAAACUACCUUUCAAGUGAUAGUCUUUUAAACCUGUCAACCAACGCGUAUAAAGCGAAUCAGGAAUUUACUUUCGAGCACCACUUGGACUCCACUUAUUGGGAAUAUUUGUUGGAGAAGGAGAACAUGUUACACGAUGGAGAUGACAUUUCAAAUGUAAACACUUCUGGCAAAAGUAAUGUUGAAUAUAAUGAGGAUGACAAAGCUGAUGAGGGUCCGAGGAAUAGAGGCAUCCAGUCUGCCUUUUGUUCAACUUGCACUAUUGAGGAUGAAGAUUUGGCAGGUAGUUCAAUCCAUUAUAAUCAAAAUAAAAAUAUCAUGCAAUACAAUUCCAAUGAUGAAGUAGAGGACCAUUGUCGUGAUGAAGACUGUGUGUGGGAUGAACGACUAUCAUACGAAGGUCAAUCUCGAGCCGAGGAUGCGAACUUUUUUGGCGAUCCUAUAACAUUACAACUCCUGGUAGCUCCGUCCCGAACAUCACCACAGCCAGUGCAACCGAGGCGAAACGGUGAUAAGUAUAUAACGGCUCCUAUUUAUGAAUGGCCUGAUGAUGAAACGACUGGAUCUACAAAGUAUCAUAAUAAAAUGAAGGUACGAUUGUCAACUUUGGAGCCGAAAUGUGUGAGUGACGCAGUUUUGAAAACCGUAAGGGACGAAUUUGUAAUUCAAGAUUCGUUUUUGAACGGAGAAUCCCCUCCAAGUCCGCAAGUCCCAGAGCUGAUUAAAAAAAGGUCUGAUCGGGAUGUAGAGUGGACACCAUUGUCUGUGUACAAAGCAUAUACGAAUAUCAAAUCGCCAACAAAUGGAAAAGAGUCUUAUAACAGAUUGGUUCCUUACUCGUCUUGUAUAGGCACAUUAAACUAUAGGCCGAAGGAUCACGCUGCGUGGAAGAGAGCACCUAACAGGCGUUAA